GGAUGGGGUUGCCAUCGCGGGCGGGCGAACCCCAGGCGCCGCGUCGACGACAACACGGCGAGAUUUUGCACGGCGACCACCGAGGCGUCUCCAGGACGGCCAGGUGCGCAGCGUCUGCCGCACUGGUGAGACGGCGCGACGCUGCCCGCUCGGCAGCAGAGACGUGCUGGGUCGCGCGCCAUCACGAGAAGUCGUGACGUGAUGGGCGACGGACCAGGGGGAAAGGCGAGCGCGAGCAGACGGGCGCGCGUAUAAGGAUAGCGGCAGCGCGCCGCCUCGACGCCGCUCUCCUGCCCGUCACUCACAUCCCAUCGUAACCCUCAUCGUCUCCCUCAAGCUUACCUGCGCUUUGCCUACCCCGAGCGCACAGCAUCCGAAACCAAGAAGCCGAGAAAGAAGCACCUCCGCACCAGCACCAGCACCCCUCUCUCCUUACCCCCGGCCGCAGCCAUGGUCAAAGUCCUCGUCCUCGGCGCCACCGGCAAGCAAGGCGGCGCGACGGCGCGCGCGCUGCUGUCGCUCGGGCACGGCGUGCGGGCCUGGGUGCGCGACGCGUCGGCGGCCGCGGCGGUAGCGCUCGCGGCGCAGGGCGCGGAGCUGUUCGUCGGCGGCGGCUGGGAGGCGGCGGGAGCGCCGGCGGAGCUGGCGCGGGCGGCGGCCGGCGUCGACGGCGUCUUCUUCGUCUCGGCGCCGUCGUUCACGGACCUGGGGGCGGAGCGCCGCGGCGCCGCCCACGUGGUCGCGGCCGCGCGCGCCAGCCCCAGCGUCCGGCACUUCGUGUACAGUAGCGUGGGUGGUGUGGACCGCUAUGAGGAGCUCGCGGGAUGGGACGCGAGCGCGUUCUCGACGGCGUACUGGGUGUCGAAGGCCGAGACCGAGGCGCUCGUGCGCGGCGCCGGCUUCGACUACUACACGAUCCUGCGGCCGGCCGAGUUCAUGAGCAACUACACGGACGCGGCGUCGGCGCGGUUCCAGGUGGCGGGGCUGCUGGCGACGGGGACGCUGCGCACGCCGAUGCCGGCGGACUUCGUGGCGGGGCUAGUCGACCCGGCGGACAUCGGGCGCGCCGCGGCGGCGGCGUUCGCGGACCCGGCGCGCCUCGGCCGCGCCCUCGAGACCCCCCUCGUCGCCGAGCUGCGCACCGUCGCGCGCAUCCUCGCCGACCUCGGCGCCGCCGCUGGCGGCAAGACAUUCCGCGUCAGCACCUACGCGCCCGACGAGGCCCGCGCCCGCGCCCCCGGCGACCCCUUCGUCGCCGGCCAGCUCGCCCGCCUCAACGCCGGCCGCCUCGUCGACGGCGACGACGCUAUCGUCGCCCAGGUCCGCGAGCGCUUCGGUCUCACCUUCCGCUCCUUCCCCGAGCAUCUCGCCGCUCACCGCGACGAGGUCGUCGAGCUCUACAAGGACGCGCCGUGAGCGGCCCGGAAGACGGA